GGACCAACGCCGAGAGGAGACGAGCAGCAGCAGUUCGUCGGGAGCAGGAAAAUCAGCGGCGCGCUCCACGCGUUGCUCCGAGCGCGCGACAGACGUGCCACCAUCACCAGCGCCGCGGCGUCCAGCGACCUCGCGAGCACUUUUUAUAACCCCAGCGCGCGGCAGGCAUGGGGAACGGCGGCGGCGGGACUUGCGAGAAGGCGAAGGCCACCGAAGGUCUCGCCACCCGUCGCGAACCACCACCCUCCUCUUCCUCGCGCGCCUCCAAGUCGAAGCGGGGUCGGAGCACGCGCGGCGACGCCAUGGCCGACCGCUUCUUCCCUAACGACUUCCCCGACUUCGUCGCCGAGGCCGGCGGCGGCGGCGGCGACCGGCCCGCGGGGCUCCGGGGCCUGCUCUCGCUCCCGUACGCCAGGCUCUCCGACCGCUUCCUCCGCGCCGCGCGCCGCCUCAAGGACAAGGUGGUGGAGGAGACGUGGGUGAAGCCGGGGCGCCAGGUGACGGACUACACGCUCUACACGGGCGCGCUCGGGACGGCGCUCCUGCUGUUCAAGUCCUUCCGGGUCACCGGCGACCGCGGGGACCUCGCCCUCGCUGCCGACAUCGUCCGCGCCUGCGACGACGCGUCGCAGGGACUGCCGCGCAGGUUCUUGACAUUCAUAUGUGGGAGGGCCGGUGUCUGCGCUCUUGGGGCGGUGAUUGCCAAGCAUUGCGAUGACCAGUUGAGGCUCACCCAAUAUCUGAGCUCCUUCGAUGAGAUAACAAUCACCGAGAAAGUACCAAAUGAGUUGCUGUAUGGAAGGGCGGGGUAUCUAUGGGCUUGCUUGUUCUUGAAUAAGCAUCUCAGCGAGAAGACGAUCCCUCUUGAACACAUUAAUUCUGUGGCAAAGGACAUCAUUAAGGAGGGAAGAAAGCUGUCAAGCAAGGGGAGUAGCCCGCUGAUGUACGAAUGGCAUGGGAAGAAGUACUGGGGCGCUGCCCAUGGUCUUGCUGGAAUCAUGCACGUGCUCAUGCACACUGAACUUAAACUGGAUGAGCAGGAUGAUGUGAAGAACACCCUGCUGUACAUGACCAAGAACAGAUUUCCUAGUGGCAACUAUCCCUCAAGUGAAGGCAAUGAGUCUGAUCGGUUGGUGCAUUGGUGUCAUGGUGCCCCUGGUGUUGCGCUGACACUGGCUAAAGCAUAUGAGGUCUUCCAUGAUGAUCAUUUCAAGCAAUCAGCUGCAGAUGCUGCGGAGGUUGUCUGGAACCGAGGGCUUCUGAAGAGAGUUGGGAUAUGUCACGGCGUAAGCGGGAAUGCCUACGUGUUCCUCUCACUGUACAGGCUGACUGGCAACAUCGAGUACCUCUAUCGAGCAAAGGCUUUUGCAUGCUUUCUUCUCGAGAAAGCUGAUGAGUUGAUCGCCGAGGGAGCGAUGCAUGGUGGUGAUCGCCCGUUUUCACUGUUUGAAGGGAAGGCUGGGAUGGCAUACCUCCUCUUGGAUAUGAUUGAUCCAUCCGAAUCAAGGUUCCCAGCAUAUGAACUUUGAUAGACCUCAUCUGUACACUGUACACUUUUCCUGUGAGUUGUGAGGUUCAGUGAUCCACGAGUCUGAAGAACUUGGUGUUUUGUUUUCUUGUUUACUCUGUUGUAACGUGCAACUUGGACCUUGGUAGCAUUUACUGUUUUGUAAAUUUUAGUGUUCCCGAUGUCGCAAACUUGACCUUUUGUAAAGUAUAUGUGCGAAACGAUCUGCCAAUAAGGAUAAUGUUUAUGAUGAA